CUGGAAACAGAGCAACGCGCACCUCCAUUACCUGAUCCUUAUACACAGCUUCAUCUGACGCAUCGGCGCCUUUCGCAUGCGGUACUAUAUUGCCCAAGCCAUGCUCACUUCUGCUUAUCAUGAUUGACGUACCACGACGUCUGCGUCGCGCAAUCCUUUUGAAUGACCUCUCUCUUGUCAAGCGAAUUAUACGCAACAAUCCAACUUAUCUACGCAAUCCAGACUUUGAUGAUAAAAGCAAUACCUCAUUGCACCUCGCGGCCAAACAUGGGUACAUACUGAUUGCCGAAUUUCUCAUUGAGUCGGGGCACGAGAAUGAUCUUCUGAGCAGAAACAAUGAUUGGGAAACGCCUCUUAUGUUGGCCGCACUUGCAGGGAAAGAGGAUAUGGGUGUCAUGCUUGCGAAACGUUUCCCUGAAUGUGUACCCUACCGCAACAAGAACGGAUUGGACGCGCUCAUGCUCUCGUGUAAAUCAGGAUCAGGGACACUCCAUCUUAUUCCCACGCUUCUCAAUGUCGCCCCUCAGAUACUCACGUCCAGUGAUGAAACCGGCAAUACUGCUCUGCACCACGCGUCUGCAGCAGGAGAGCUGAAAGCACUCCGAAUGCUGCUACAGUAUGGGGCUAAUCCUUUGGCCCAGAAUGCUUACUCAUGGACUCCUGUACAUUACUCUGCGACACCUGCCGCCGAGGCAUACUUUAAGACCUUGAUAAUCGAGUUCGAGAAGAAGAAAGCGGAGGAUGCACGAGAAAAGAAGGAAAGAGAACGACAGCGGAAUGCGGGCGUCAGACUUGUCACAAACGAAGAAACUAUACAGGGGAUGCAGGUUGUGGAUGACAGGCUACGAGCGAGGGACGACGCAGCCAUCGCCGGUCUGCCAGCCCCUGGCAUGGACUGGUCGCCAGUAGAGAGGAGACGUGCAAUGACGCCUACAGAAGGAAGAAGCGGUUGGAUACUCAAUGCCGAUGGAAGCAGACCAAGAGCAGGGAGUGGUGGCUGAAUAGCCUUGCAUGCACUACAGUUUACCGCAGCAAACACGUGCAAUAAACAGGCGUGAUGCUAUGCGUAUAGUGAGGCGAUAAUAUUACUCAUCACAUCAGUUCGUGAAUAGAACGACCUAUAAGCAUGCAUAGAAGUCUAUGUUACUGUGGAUGGCCGAAAUAUCAUACUGUCCGUUCUCGUU